AUGUCACCCCAGUCUCAUCGCUUUUUUGGGAAGGUUGCAACAGAUCUCGCGGGUGUUGAUUCAUUGGGACUCGGCCCGCUUGCUGGUCCAGACCAAUUGGCCAGAUACCCGAGGCUAGGUCCAGUCAGCCUGCGUGCUGCUUGCCCUGCUGGCGGUGGCAAUAUCACUAGGGCUUUGAUAAGACGUGCUGACAGGGAGGUUCAAAUCUUUGCCAAGUCGUCUGCCCCAGAAGUUCGUCUGAUCUGGUUUUCCCGGUUUUCUGUCCUGCUCUCGAGCUACUCAAUUGUCAAAAUGGAGUCCGACAGCGCCCAAGUAUCAGAAAAACACGCUCGCACCGAAUCAAUCGAAGUUGGCGAGUCGCAGCCCUUCGACCAACAUGCGACUAAGAAGCUCUUGAGGAAGCUAGACUGGCACAUCAUUCCCUUCAUGAGUCUGAUCUACCUACUCUGCUUCCUUGACAGGACGAACAUUGGAAAUGCUAGGUUGGACCAUUUGGAGCAGGACCUCAAAUUGAAGGGCAUUCAGUACAAUGACUGCCUUGCCAUUCUCUUCCCGUUCUACAUCGCGGCCGAGAUCCCGAGCAACAUGAUGAUGAAGCGCCUUCGGCCGUCGAUCUGGCUGACAUUCAUCAUGGUCUGCUGGUCUGCGUCGAUGAUCGGGCAAGGAUUCGUGAAGGACUACUCAGGGCUCAUGGCGACUCGCGUAUUUCUCGGGAUCUUUGAGGGUGGCCUGUUUCCCGGCGUCAACUACUACAUCACGCAAUGGUACUGCCGAAACGAAUGUGGCUUCAGAAUGGCUCUCUUCUUCUCAGCAGCGACUCUCGCCGGUGCGUUCGGUGGUAUCCUUGCGCGAGGAAUUGCCGAGAUGCACGGAGUAGGCGGCCUCUCGGCCUGGGCAUGGAUCUUCAUCCUCGAGGGUCUUCUGAGUAUCUUGGUGUCCUUCACUGCGUACUGGGCAAUCUACGACUAUCCUGCCACAGCACAAUUCCUUUCGGAGAAGGAGCGAUCAGAAGUCCAACGCCGACUGCAAGUAGACUCAGGCCACCUAUCUAACGAGUUCAACAUCAAGUAUGUCUGGCAGGCCAUCAAGGAUUGGAAGAUCUACAUCCACAUGCUCAUCUGCAUGGCGGGCUUCUGCCCCAUCUACUCGAUUGCCCUUUUCCUACCAACCAUUAUCAAGAACAUGGGCUACACCUCCAACACCGCUCAACUGAUGUCGGUGCCGCCGUAUUGCUUCGCUUGUAUCUUCACGAUCGCCGCCAGUUGGUAUGCGGAUCGCGUGAGACAGCGUGGUAUUUUCCUGAUGGGCUUCCAGCUGGUGGGAAUCCUGGGCUUCGGUCUCUUGGUCGGUACCAGCAAAUCCUCUGCGCAGUAUGCCGGCACCAUUUUUGCCGCCAUCGGCAUCUAUCCUCAAAUCCCACUUGGUCUCGCCUGGAACAGUAGCAACAUCGGCGGAAGUUUGAAGCGGGGAACCGGUAUUGCGAUGCAAGUCAUGGGUGGUAAUUGCGGCGGCAUCAUUGCGUCUUACGUCUACCUUAGCCGGGAUGGACCUCGCUACACUACCGGCCACAGCAUUCUCAUUGGCUUUGUGAGCAUGGCCUUCUUCUUGACGUUGUUCAUGACCACAUGGUGCAGAAGGGAGAACGCCCGCAGAGACCAAGUUGCUAGUGAUGCCGGAGCGCAGGAGUUGACUGCAGAGCAAAAGGAGCUGGAAGCUGAGCUCGCAGAUAAUGUGCCGUUGUUCGACGCCUUGUCUGACGGUAUUUUGCCCCGAAAUCAGAUCGUCCGAGUAGGCUCCACUGAAGUCUCGGCCACGAUCCGGGCUCUGGUCAUUGGAACCUUUUUGUUCUCGGCAAUGACAUCUGACACCUCCAUUUUGGGUCCGAACAAACGCCAGCAGGCGACGUGGCCGAUGAAGGGGCCUUUCAGAAACCUGGGCGCCGCGGCGGGUGGUGGGCGGGAUCAAAGAUGGCGGUUUCAGAACAAGGGAGUGUUUCCGCGAGAAUGUUGGUGGUUUGAACUGACUGACAUUGUCAUGAGAGACUUGGAAACUCCAACCGACAGCACGAUAUCGAACCUUUGCAAUCAUCAGAUUGUAUCCGUCAUACCCGGUGUACGAGAAUCUCCGGGUAGCUCAGCCACUUCAUCGCCUAAGAAUGACAGAACCGACCGGUCUCGAACGUCAUACGACAACGAACACGACGAAUGCGACGAACACGACAUGACCAAAGACGUGAAGAAUGAUAGGUACCAGGGCACAGAAGAUCAUUGUUCUUCUAGAAGACCUUUUCAGGGUUCGCUCGGUUUCGGUUUCAUCGAUACUCUCCGGCCCCGUGGCUAG